CCUGAGUACAUGGGAUGAUGGAUGUGCUGCUCUGUGAGUUGUCAGAUGAAUUAGACAUGUCCAUUCUGAUCGUAGCAGAGUGCUACUACUCAGCGAUGAAAGCCUUGCCCUUCUCUUGCUCUAAUGGGGUUUUAAGUACAACCCUUUAUGGAUGAUAAUGCAGAGUAAUGGUGAAAAGUCUGGGAGGGCUGAAGUCUGGCAGACAGUUCUGUGUGUAGGCAGCAAUCUAGCAGGCAAUUUACCCUAGACCUUGUGGUUUACUGUCAGUUUUGAGUUUUAGGAGCGGCAAUUAGCAAAUAUCAAUUUUUAAUCUGUUUCUUUAUUCAUAUGCUCAAUUUGCACACAUAACCAAUUAUUGCUAUAGUACCCUGAGAAAAUAUGCACCUGGACCUGACCUACUCAUACACACUGGGGUGUCCUGCUAAGAGUGUGUCUCUCCUCCGAUGUCUCAAUUAGAAAUGUGGAUGUACUGUUGACUUUGUGCGUGUAGCCGCUGAUCUGUGGUGAGGGGAAACCGUUUGGAUGUAUUUUGAGGUCCCUUAGGGGACUGCAGGGACUUGUGGGAAGAUGACCUGAUUUCUAAUUUUCUCCUCUCCUGCCUGGGCUGUGGGCUAGUCGCUGCUACAAACACAGAAGCCCAUGAAAGGAGUGUGACAGUAUGAGCCGCCCUGGAUCUGUUUGGAAUAUGGCCUAGCUAUUCGCGUAAAACUGGAUUUCAUUUGUCAUUUUUCAAUGGACGCAGGCGUGACUGUAAUUGUCUUUCAAUAGAUUCAGGUGAGCAGCCAUGGCUAACCUGCAGCAGGAGUACCCUGGGGUCCUUCUGGGGAUCCUGGAGGAACUGGCGAAUAUGCGCCAAUGGCUGACCUUCCAGGACCUUUGUCGCAUGGUCAGCACCCGCUUUGACUUGGAGCACCUCAUCGAGCUCAGGAGUUUGCUGUUUGCUGCUGCAAGCCGGGAUCCCUGUUUCCCAGCUACGCUCUUCAGAGACCGGGUUUCCACCAGAGGCCAGGGACUAUCACCCAUAGGCGUCGCUGCUGACAUUGUAACUAUCUUCAACCUUAUUCAGAUGACGGGUGGGACCCCUGAUGACAGCCAACCAAUGAGAGCCCAGACGGUCCUCCCCGUUGACCAGUCCCCAGGCCCCAGUCUGCCUGGAAUCCACCAGCUGAACAUUUCUGGUCGAGAAAGAGCACGUGCCCACUCUGACUCCAGUGACAGGCCUAUUGACCAGCACUUGCUCUUUCCGAGAUCUAAUUACUCAGCCCGCAAGCGAGCAAGUCUUCCCCCAGAUCCAAUCUCUCUUGUGUCCUCCCCUCCAAUCAGGGCAAGGGCUGUGUCUUUCGACUUGCCUCACACCACACUUUUGUACCCUAGUGGUCAAAUCCCCAACGAAGUCAUGAAGAAUAUCUACCUUCCUUUGGAAACGGACAGUGAGUCUAGUGGUGAUUCUGCUCCCAUGGAGGUGUUUGAAACUGAACAGGGAUCGUCUGUCGACCAGAAGAGAAACAUCUUUAGGAAGGACUUCCAUAACCAGCCACCUCUGAUACCCCAAGUGACCAUUAGCAGUGAGUCUCCCAGUCCCAACAAGGGGCAGAAAGGCUUUGACAAUCACAGCUUUGAAAUGAUCCAGAAUCCCUACCCGUCACCAACAACAGUCCACCAAUCGCCAGAGCAGCGGGCUAAACAUGAGAGCCUUGAUGACCUACAGGACUCAACUUACUUCGGACCUGGGUCAAUCCCAGAUUGGUCCCCACGGCACCUUCAACCUCCCAGGACCCAGAGGCCCAUCUGGAACAACAAGAGUCACAGUCUAGAGGACCGGAUAGGCGUAGGCAGCGUUGGAUUAGGGAUGGAAUCACAAAGAGGGCAACUUCCAAGACGAUCAACCCCUGCUAUCAGCAAUUUGGGGGGGUCCUCAGGAGGUGAGAGUGGGGAUAGUGGAUUGCCAAGUGGAGGCGAUGUAGUCAAGGCUCAGGGAACCCAAACAGACCUACCGGACCCCCGGCGCCUCCGUAGCCUGGUCCACGCUGAUCGCCUCUCCUUCAUGACCUCAUUAGAUGACCCAGAGUUUGGUGAGGAUGACAUCAGUGCCAUCUUUCGUUUCUUAGAUGACAUAAGCAUGUGCGGUUCCACGGGAGUACUGCACCCCAGUGAUGGAUCAGCUAUUAACCAGGACACCCCAGAGGCCAGGCGUGGCCGCCUAGGUCAGCUCUCAAGGCUUUUCCACUCUCUGGAAAGCAGUGAUGAUGGGCUCAAGGCCAGUGUCUGUAAGCUACUGCUUCGUAUGAGCCAGAUAGAAAGACAACUGGAGUCACUGAAUGAUGUAAAGGCUGAGAUUUCCCAGGUGCUGUCUGCUCUGCAGCGUCUGGAUGAAAAGAUCCAGCAGCCUAUCAGUGGUGGUGGACAAGGCACUAGUGGGCGAUGGCUGGAGCCUCUCAGUGGUGUCUCGUCCUUUAUGAGCCACCCUUUAACCCCUUCUGAGUCAUCAGAGCCUCAGCCUCUGUCUGCAUCUGGGCAUCUGUUUCCAGGGACCAGCAAUAGUAGUCUGGACUGGAGCCGAUGGAACACUCCUGGGGAGCAAACAGAAAGCAGCAAAGGUCAGGCUGAUCCAAAGCUGGGGAAAGAAGGGAAGAAGGAUGCAGCAUCUCGUCAUGCCUCCAAAACCCAGGCUGAAGAGAAAAGUGUCUCUGAUGCCAAACAGCCAAAUGUUUCUAACUCUGCAAGAAACUGGACAGUGUCAUUCUCAAAAAGUAAAGAUGGCAAAGCUUCUCAUGGAAAGGCAGAUCAGUCAGGCAGCACAACUAACCUACUCUCCCAAAAGUCCUCCAACCUGGUGGAACAAGUGUUUAACUCGUCCCUGUUCCGCCACAAAGACAGCAGUCUGACAGGUGGGCUAACCUCUGGGAAGAUUGUGGAUCCCAGAUUGGCUGAGGGGAGGGGAAGACCCAUAUGGACUGUAGAUGACAGAGAUGCACGAGUCACCCCUCUGGACUCACAGGCCCAGGAGUCUUUAAACCCCAACAACAUGGAGUUCUGGAUGGACGACAUCUACACUCCAGGCUACGAUGCUCUACUCAGGCGUAAAGAGGCUGACCUCCGCCGGGCCAAGGUCUGCAAGCUGGUUGCACUCAUUGCCACUGCAGUGACUAUCAUUCUCAUCAUCGUCAUUCCUGUUUGCACCAUGGUGUCAUGAGAACCCUUACAAAAAGCCCACAUUGUUGCCUGUUUUCAUUUUAUUUAUUUAUUUUCAGCAGCAAUGGGCUGUACCCAGGAACUCGCACGCUAUACUCAUGGAGAUUUGCAGAUGAGAGACUGUGACACUAGGACCAUAAAGCUGGAUCGGUGAUCAUUUAAUAUUCAGUACCUCCUUACACUUCUCUGCAUGCAGCACCAUUAUUUAUGACUUCAGAAAAACAGGAUAAUUUAAACUGUAGCUUACUUUGAAAUCGCACUAAGUGACUCCCUCUUGCAGUUACAAUAAACUGGAAGUAAUCUCCCAUGCCAGGUUUUUUCUCCCAUUUCAUUUCAUGAUUUUUGUUCUUUAUAAUUUCAUGUGGCUGCAAAAGCAAGUAAUUAAGAAUGAAGGUUUAAAAUCAUUUAAAAAUAUCUCUGAGAGGAUGUGUUUGAACUAGUAAUACUGAGCCAUUGCAAAAGUGUCAAUUUCUUUUUAUUUUCUCAUUUGGCUGCUUUUUUCUGAGAAGCAACACUGUUCCAAAUGCAUUGUGAAUCAGCUUCAGCCUUGAGCACUGCCUGACUCUUUCUUGCUGUUCCCUUGAGAACACUACAGGGCUUAUUUCACUUUUACAUAAGAUGACACUUCUAUCAGUACAUAAGUGUUUUACAUCUACGGUUUAUAAGUAUUAAUGGGUUUCUGUCGUCAGGAGCGUUUUAAUUUUCUGUUAGUUCAAAUGUUCUUGUCCUUCCUUUAAGCACCAAGAUAUACUGCUCAAACAAGCUUAAAUCAAUAAAAAAUAAUAAUUUUUGUAGAGUUCCCUCCCAUUUUUCAAACUGGAAAUUAUCAGCUAUUUAAUCCACUCGUGAAUGUAUUUGGGUUGGAGUGUUUACUAAGUGUCAGAUUUCAAAAAAUGGAAGAUAAAAAUCUUGUUGUUGUUUAAGCGGUGAAGGAAAGAUGGAGCCUUUUCCAGUAAACACUCUCUUAGAGGGAGACUCCACUUGUAAUUCAAUUUAUAGGCUGUUUGGAGUGCACCUAUGCACAUUAUCUUUCCACUAUACUCACUUGGCCAGAGCUUUUCCACAUACCUGCAGACUCACUUAGAAUCAACAGAUUCAUCUGGCAUCCUUUCACAGAUGAUGAAAGUAGUUUUGCCAGUGGUGUGACAUUCCAUUUUGUAAAAACAUCCUGUUAACUCAGGAGACAUUAUAUUUAAAUCAACUUUUGGUGCCAGACUGUAAAAUCAAUGGGGGGUUGACACAAAAACAUGUACACUUUUAAAGUAUAAUGCAAUUCAACAUACUACCUUUGUGAAGCUUGUAAUGUUCACUUUUUGUUGAGUCUCUUUCAAAGAGGUGUUGAUUUAACUCUACGAUAAGGCUGUAAUGCAAUGUACAAUGUGUACUAUAGUCUAAUAACACAACCAUAUUAGUUCAAAAAUGACCAAAUUUCAACUUUCAAAUUUGAAAUUCAGCACCUGACACUAUCUCAAUACUUGUAUUUAUUGCAGUGCUAAUGUGUUGGAUUGCAUAACAUUUUCUAGGUGUUCGUGUUUUUCUGUUUUGGUCCACUCCCUCUACAUUGUUAGAUAUUGAUGAUUUUUUUUGCUGAUUUAGUUUCUGUUCAACAAUAGAUAAGCACUUUUCUCCAUUUAUGGGGUAUACACCAAAGUGGACAGAAACUAUGCAUAUCUUUUGGAAAAAUCUGUAUCCAGACCCUUAAACUUCACUUUGCUUUGUGUGCACAAAUAUGCACAGGAUGUAUAGAGGGUGUGUUCUGCUUCAGUGCAUCCUCCUAAGUAGAUGUAUAUCUGCCAAGUGUUCCCCAUGAGGCUGUUUGUGGAUCCAUUACCCUUCCAAUGGCCACUGAAGAGGCCUAACCCUGUAGUCAUCACAAUCUGCAGGUGCUUCCUCUGAAACUUUGGUGCAUUAGAGCCUACUGAUACUUUCUUCACUCCUGAGAUGCACUUAUGAAAUGUGGACAUUGCUGUUGUAGUAUCCAUGCACCUUUUAGGCAGAAUGCUAAAAAUCUGUGAACUCAUUAUUCAGGUAAACACUCUGUCUUAAAAAUGGAAAUGAAAGAAAAGAUGUGCAGGUAUUACAGUACAAGUUACUGCAAUGCAUCAUAUGAUUGUCGGGGUGUACGCUGACUUAUGUUGCCUGUCUGAAUAAACUCAGCAAAGUGGUAAUGUGCCUUUUACACUAUGUUGUCUGAUUUGAUAAAUAAUAAAUUAAGACCUAAUUGCACUAUUGUUAUAAACACAUUUUAAAACAUUAUGAUGAAUGAAAAAAUGUCUCCUGAAAGCAACUGCUCUCUUUUGCAAAAUUAAUUAUUUCCCAUUUUUUUCUACUGGUGAUGCACUUGGCUGAGGCCAGAUUACACUUGCAGAUAGCAGUAAUUGUCCACUCAGUUUAAGGAAGGACAGACAGUGAUUGGAAAAAGUAAAAAGAGAAUUCUGGCAGUUAAAUCAUCAAGUGACUGGGGGAAAUGUACAUAUAGAGAUGAAUAAAUAAAGAGAGAGAGUGCGUAUUGACUGACAG